UGCCUCCCCAGAGCCCCCCCCCCCGGGCCCGGCUCCCGAAGGGUCUCUGCACCUGUAUCCUAUUCCCCCCCCGCCUUGCUGAGCCCCCCCGUGGGGAGGUCCCCGGGGAGCAGGACGCGGUUUGCAGCCUGCGGGACGGAGGCUCCCGGCUUUAGCUUGUGGCCACCCCCCUCCCCCGUGUGCCGCCUGGGGUUCCAUCGGGUUUUCCCCUGAGUUUUCAUCAGCGCUGCCGCGUCCACAAACCCACUGGUGGCCCCGUACCCCGUGUGCUGGUUCAGAGGCAGCCUGAGCCCACGGCUGGCCCUCACCCGUCUCCUCUCUGCCGGCUAUGCUGGUAUUUUCAGCUCUCUGAAGCGUCUCUGUGUGACCGCUCUAGCCUCACCUCGCCUCCCCAGGGACGGAUCCGGAUCCGGAGGGAGUAAGCGGCACAUCCCUGGGGAGCAGCUGCUGGGCUCACUGCCCUGCUCCGCUGUCAGGUGUGCUGUUGCUGGUCACCCAGGCUCAGCAUGGUCCAGGGCCCCUGUUCAGCCCUGCUGUAACCUCCCCUGAAGGCAGAGGAAGGAGCUGGGUUCAGGACCAAGACCCUUGCCUGCUUAGGACCAGCUCUUACUGGGUUGGGCCCCUGCUCACUUGUGGGAUGAGCUGGAAGGAUGGCCGAGCUGUCCAGGGAGCUGGAUGUGCUCAGAGCUCUGCAUGGGGGGGGUUGAGAGGCAAUGUCAGCCCUGAACUUGCUGUACGGAGCGAGCGCUGGCAGCCUGCCUGCAGAGAGAUGGCCCGGAGCCUGGGUCUGCCCCCUCCCCAGCCUGGUACUGCUCCUGAGAGGCUUUUGCUGGGGCUGUCUGCCUGCUGCCUGCCCCAAACCCUUCCCUCCACUGACUUCUUGCCCCCAGCGAUGGCUGAUGAGCUCAGUGACCUGCUGCGGGAGUUUGAUGAGGUGAUGGAGGACUUUGACCGAGGCCCUGCCUGUCAGUACGAGCAGCACCUGGAGGAGCUGAAGAGGAAAGCAGGACACAGCGUGUAUGACAGCGGCAUCGAUGAGCUGGAGAGUACCAGCACAUCCCCAGGGAGCAGUCUCAAUUCCAGCGAGGAGGACCUCAACACCCCUGCCAAUGCUUACCCUUCCAAAGCUAAGCUUGGAGACACGCAGGAGCUGGAGGAGUUCAUUGCGGAUCUGGAUAAAGUGUUGGAAGAGAUGUGAGAUGUGGUUUUGGCGGCGAGUCCGGAGAGGAGGAUCCACAGCAGAUGAGCCCCGUGCCUCCCCGACGCACCCUCUGCUCCUGUGCCCCCGCCACCCGCGUAGGCGACAGCUCUCCCGUGCCACGCUGCUCCGCGCCGGCGAAAGGCAGCACCGGCCGCGAGCGGGGACUGAUCCGGCAAUGGGACGGGCAGCUGGGCUGUGAUGGUGGCUGGGCCUUGCUCCGCUCCUGCGUGCAGGGCAGCACUCUGCCAGCGUGAGAUGGGACGAGCUCUCGCUGGGGGCACCAGGCUUUGCCCUACGAGGGGGGGCUGGCAGCUCUUGUGACCGAGUGGGUUUGGGUGCGGGGGGGGGGGGGGGGGGGAUGUCUAUGCCACUGUUGAAGCCAGAGGAGAAACCCUGGAUGAUUUGUAGGGAAGAUCAGCUUUCAGCACAUCAGUGAGACCUUGCUGUCCCCUCCUGGGACAGGACAAUCUGUUCCCGCAGCAGCGUCUGUCGCAGGCGGUGACAACCGCUGCUGGCCCUUCGCUUGGCACAGGUAGCCUCAGGUAAGGCCCCUGCCUGCACCCCGAGUGCCUCUGCCCUGGCUGCUGCUGUAAAUACUGUAAAAAGGAUGUUAGACACUGUACAGGGGGAUGUGUUUUUAUAAACGGGAUUUUAAGUCUC